AGAUACCUAGCAUCUAGCAAAAUAAUGGCAGCUGCUUAUCUUGACCCAAACUUGAAUCACACACCGAAUUCAAGUACCAAGACUCAUCUGGGUACCGGUGUGGAACGUUCCCCUGGGGCCAUGGAGCGAGUGUUGAAGGUCUUUCAUUAUUUUGAAAGCAACAGUGAGCCAACCACUUGGGCCAGUAUUAUCAGGCAUGGAGACGCUACUGACGUCAGGGGCAUCAUUCAGAAGAUAGUGGACAGUCACAAAGUAAAGCACGUGGCCUGCUAUGGAUUUCGCCUCAGUCACCUGCGGUCAGAGGAGGUUCACUGGCUCCAUUUGGAUAUGGGUGUCUCCAAUGUGAGGGAGAAGUAUGAACUUGCACACCCACCAGAGGAGUGGAAAUAUGAAUUGAGAAUUCGUUAUUUGCCAAAAGGAUUUCUAAACCAGUUUACUGAAGACAAGCCAACUCUGAAUUUCUUCUAUCAACAGGUGAAGAGCGAUUAUAUGUUGGAGAUCGCCGAUCAAGUGGACCAGGACAUUGCUUUGAAGUUGGGUUGUCUAGAAAUACGGCGGUCGUACUGGGAGAUGCGGGGCAACGCCCUGGAGAAGAAGUCUAACUAUGAAGUAUUAGAAAAAGAUGUUGGUUUGAAGCGAUUUUUUCCUAGGAGUUUACUGGACUCAGUCAAGGCCAAAGCACUAAGAAAAUUGAUCCAACAAACAUUUAGACAGUUUGCCAACCUUAAUAGAGAAGAAAGUAUUUUGAAAUUCUUUGAGAUCCUCUCCCCAGUGUACAGAUUUGAUAAGGAAUGCUUCAAGUGUGCCCUUGGUUCAAGCUGGAUUAUUUCGGUGGAGCUGGCGAUUGGCCCCGAAGAAGGAAUCAGUUACCUCACAGACAAGGGCUGCAACCCCACGCACCUGGCCGACUUCAAUCAAGUGCAGACCAUUCAGUACUCAAACAGCGAAGACAAGGACAGGAAAGGGACGCUGCAGCUGAAGAUUGCAGGAGCGCCUGAGCCUCUGACGGUGACAGCACCGUCCCUGACCAUUGCCGAGAACAUGGCCGACCUGAUAGAUGGGUACUGCCGGCUGGUGCACGGAGCCACGCAGUCUUUCAUCAUCAGGCCUCAGAAAGAAGGUGAACGGGCUUUGCCAUCGAUACCAAAGCUGGCCAACAGCGAGAAGCAGGGCGUUCGGACCCACGCCGUCUCUGUGUCAGAAACAGACGACUAUGCUGAGAUUAUCGACGAAGAAGAUACCUACACCAUGCCCUCGACCAGGGACUAUGAGAUUCAGAGAGAAAGAAUAGAACUGGGACGGUGCAUCGGAGAGGGCCAGUUCGGAGACGUGCACCAAGGCGCUUACACGAGCCCGGAGAAUCCGGCUCUGGCGGUUGCGAUUAAAACAUGCAAAAACUGUACGUCGGACAGCGUGAGAGAGAAAUUCCUUCAAGAAGCCUUAACGAUGCGUCAGUUUGACCACCCUCACAUUGUGAAGCUGAUCGGAGUCAUCACAGAGAACCCCGUCUGGAUCAUCAUGGAGCUGUGCACGCUCGGAGAGCUGAGGUCAUUUCUGCAAGUAAGGAAAUACAGUUUGGAUCUAGCAUCUCUGAUCCUCUAUGCCUAUCAGCUUAGCACAGCCCUUGCGUACCUAGAGAGCAAAAGAUUUGUGCACAGGGACAUUGCUGCUCGGAAUGUUCUGGUGUCCUCAAAUGAUUGUGUAAAAUUAGGAGACUUCGGAUUAUCCCGAUACAUGGAAGACAGUACUUACUACAAAGCUUCCAAAGGAAAAUUGCCUAUUAAAUGGAUGGCUCCAGAGUCAAUCAAUUUUCGCCGUUUUACCUCAGCUAGUGACGUAUGGAUGUUUGGUGUGUGUAUGUGGGAGAUACUGAUGCACGGUGUGAAGCCCUUUCAAGGCGUGAAGAACAAUGAUGUGAUUGGUCGCAUUGAGAACGGGGAGAGGUUGCCCAUGCCUCCGAACUGCCCUCCCACCCUCUACAGCCUCAUGACCAAGUGCUGGGCCUACGACCCCAGCCGGCGGCCCCGCUUCACUGAGCUCAAAGCUCAGCUCAGCACAAUCCUGGAGGAAGAGAAGGUCCAGCAAGAAGAACGGAUGAGGAUGGAGUCCAGAAGGCAGGUCACAGUGUCCUGGGACUCCGGAGGGUCCGACGAAGCGCCACCCAAGCCCAGCAGACCUGGUUAUCCUAGUCCGAGGUCCAGCGAAGGGUUUCAUCCCAGCCCACAGCACAUGGUACAGACCAAUCACUACCAGGUCUCUGGCUACCCUGGCUCACAUGGAAUCACAGCCGUGGCUGGCAGCACCUACCCAGGUCAGGCAUCUCUUUUGGACCAAACAGAUUCGUGGAAUCACAGACCACAGGAGAUAUCGAUGUGGCAGCCCAACGUGGAGGACUCUGCAACACUGGACCUGCGUGGCAUCGGGCAGGUGUUGCCGACCCACCUGAUGGAGGAGCGGCUGAUCCGGCAGCAGCAGGAGAUGGAAGAGGACCAGCGCUGGCUGGAGAAGGAGGAGCGGUUUCUGAAACCUGACGUGCGGCUCUCUCGAGGCAGCAUCGACAGGGAGGAUGGAGGUCCUCAGGGCCCGCUUCAGCCCCAGGAAAUCAGCCCCCCUCCCACUGCCAACCUGGACCGGUCCAAUGACAGGGUGUACGAGAACGUGACGGGCCUGGUGAGAGCGGUCAUCGAGAUGUCCAGCAAGAUCCAGCCAGCCCCGCCAGAGGAGUAUGUCCCCAUGGUGAAGGAAGUCGGCUUGGCCCUGAGGACGCUGUUGGCCACCGUGGAUGAGACCAUUCCCGUCCUGCCCGCCAGCACCCACCGAGAGAUUGAGAUGGCCCAGAAGCUGCUGAACUCCGACCUGGGGGAGCUCAUCAACAAGAUGAAGCUGGCCCAGCAGUAUGUCAUGACCAGCCUGCAGCAGGAGUACAAGAAGCAGAUGCUGACGGCUGCGCACGCCCUGGCCGUGGACGCCAAGAACCUGCUCGAUGUCAUAGACCAGGCCAGACUGAAGGCCCUGGGGCAGACGAGGCCACACUGA